AAUCUGGGCGCAUACUCUUGGUAGAACAAUUUCAAAAUGAAUCCCAACUUUUCCUUCAAAGAACACCUCGAAUAUGAUUUCCAUCAUUUGCAAUGCAUAGGUUGAUCUGUUUGACAACAUUUUAGGGAACUCGAUGCACCAAAUCCACAUCGUCUUUCAUUUUGAUAACAUUCACUCCUUAUUCAUUGAGUCAGUUCAUUUCAAGUAAUAUUAACCAUUGAGUCAAUGUCAUCAUCAAUUCUUUCUUCCUUUGCCAAUUAUCUUAUGCGUCCAGAUUUUACUGACAACCCUGUACAUUUAACAAUCUUCAUUUGGAUUGAACAAUUUUACUGUUGAAUAUCAAAUAAAUCCAGCGAUUAUUUAGUGAUAUUUUAAGAGGGGUGUGGAGGGUGGGGGACGACGCAAAACAAAUGCAACAACUGUGACACGACUCUUGUUCAUGUAAUGGCUUGGUGAACAAGCUUAAAUGGCCACCCUUGGCCUGACUUUUGUUCAAGAACGUGAUUUUUACCUCUAUAAUUCAAAACAAUUCCAGGUAGCGUUACAAAUAGCUGCGGCGAAAGUGUGACACGUGACACCGCACCCCCCCACACACACACACACCAUCGCCAGUUGACAGCUCUUUUGUCUCAGUACCGUUUCGUUGCGGUUCGAGCAUCUGGGCGUGGGAAGCUCACCUGCGGGCUCAGCCCACUAUUUCGCAAGUGAGGCCACGUUCAUAAAGAGCCACCACUCACCACAGCAAACAAAACAAAACGGAAAAAAAAAAACGCUCCACAACAAGUAUGUGUCAUUUCUUUUCUUGAAGACCCUAAGAGACAUUCAAGAUUUUUGAGACUGGGAACAGCGACAAAAGGAUGACGGUCCGACCGGCGGCUCUCCUCCUCGCACUUUGCUGCUGCAGCUACGCUCAGCGCCUGGAUAACGUGCGACCGCAUACAGGGAGCACAGAGGGAGCGACGCGUCUCACCCUGACGGGAGAAGGUUUCGCUCAAGAAGGACAGUUCCAGCUCAAUCCCCAAAAUGACACAUUUGGGAACCGCGUGACAUUGGUGUCGGACACUUUGUCCAUCCCGUGUGAUGUUGAGAGAGACUCCACGCAUGGCAACCAGAUCAUGUGCUACACCAGACCCAUGCCGAGUGACCGGUACACGGUCCGUGUCAGCAUCAACGGCAUUCCCAUUCCUGAUGAAGACAUAUGCAGAGGUCAUAUCAAGUCAUACCAUUGCAGCUUCUACACAAGAUGGUAUCACACACCAACCAUCCAGUCUCUCAGUCCCGUCAGCGGUCUUCCAGGGACCUUGGUGACAGUGCGAGGACGCAUUUUCACAGACGUCUACGGCAGCAACACUGCGCUGAGUUCCAAUGGAAGGAACAUCAGGUUUCUCAGGGCCUACAUGAAGGGGAUGCCAUGUGAGCUGCUGAAAACGGAUUCUGAUGAACUAUAUAAUCUGAGACUUGAUUCGGAGACCUCUGUCUGGGGAUAUAUGAGCUGCAAAAUGACAGGGACUUAUGUCGGACAUCACAACAUGAGCUACAUUUUGGAUGCAAAUUAUGGCAGGAGUUUACCGGACAAGAACCUCUUCAAGGUCUCAGCCACUGGACACCUCGGCAUGUUUCAGACAUUUGCGGAGGUUACGCAUAUCACGCCAUCCGCCGGCAGUGUCAUGGGCGGAACUCUCGUGACCAUCCACGGGCACUUCUUCGACGAGACUGACCUUCCGGCGCGUGUUCUCGUGGGAGGGCAACCGUGUGAAAUCAAGAGCCUGCGUGACGACGAGAUCACCUGCGUGACACAACAGCAACAGACGGAUAACAGCCGCGGCGACGGCAUGAGCGUCUACCCGGGUGGCCGAGGCUUGAAGAUGCAGGUGUGGAACGACACAAUACAUUCCCAACUGGGCGACAUACGCAGCUACAACGAGAGCAAAGAAGGCUACUGGGAGCAGUGGAUCGACUCCUUGCCCUACAACUUUGCGCCGGAACUGGACUAUUUCAGCACGAGAACCACAGGCUUCUUUGUGCCACCGGCUAGCGGCAACUACACCAUUUACCUCAACUGCGACGAUCGCUGCGAACUUUACUUCAGCAACUCCAGCCGCCCAGAGGACAAGGUCCAAGUGGCCUAUCAGCCGAGCUACGUCUCAGACUACACAAAGCUCGCAUCGCAAAAGUCUGAUAUCAUGACGCUCGAGAAAGGAAACGCCUACUACAUUGAAAUUCUGCAACAAGAAUAUCGCGGAGUCGCUGGAAUCAACUUGGCCAUGUUCCGAGCAGAGAGUCCAUUUACAGAAGCCCAGACGAACGAUGCUGUCAACGAAGUGCAGCAUAUUUUGGUGGAGUAUGAGGCAUUUGAUGAGAAACAGAUGAUUACCUUGGAGUCAUGGCCAAGCAAUGCGAAUGGCGUCAAAGAAGUACAGAAAGUAAGCGUCAAUAGCAGCUGCAUCGGCUCUCAGUGUGGAAAUGUCUACUUCCGUCUGCACUAUGAAGGCGCAACCACUGGUUCGAUCGCGGUGAGCGCCACCGCGGCUGUGGUGGAGAGAGCCUUGAACAACCUGUGGUCGAUCAAACCAGACUCUGUCCAAGUUACCAGGGACGAGGACGCUGAUGGAGUUCAUUUCACGGUGACCUUCUAUUCUGACAGAGGUGACUUCAAGCCCCUUUAUCACGAGAGUCAUGACCUGUACACCAACAUCACCGUUUCCGAGGUGACCAAAGGCAGGAGCAACAUGGAAACCUUCACCUUGCUCUGGGGAGGGGUCGCUUCAAAGCCCAUUCCCUACAAUGCCAGCGGUUUCGAGGUCCAGUCGGUUUUGGAAGACCUGAUGAAGGCCGAAUGUCCCGUUGAGAUUCUCAGCGAGGAAGGAAGAGAUGUGAUGUUCUUCAAGGAUUACGAAGAUGACAAUACCAUGUUUGUCAACGACGGAGGGACUCCUACGAGAAAUGCUUUCUGCGGUUUGUGGUCGCUGAAAAACGCCAAGGUUCUUUUUAAGAAAAGUUACACCAAAAAAUCCGGCGAGGCCUAUGAGGAAAUUUCCCUGAACCUGUAUCCAAUGCUUUGCUUUGCACAUAAGGGAAUGCUCAAAGAUGAAAUUGGGGUCAAGUUUACAUAUAAGAACUCUGAUGGCACUACUCAGACAACAACUGCAAAGAUCAACAUAGUUUUUACCAAAGGCCACGUAUGGAGCUACAAGUGCGUGGACCUGCAAACGUCUCUGCAGACGGAAUACAAAGGAAGCGCCUACACUGUUGAGGAAAUUUACUUGGACAAUGAUGACUCUGGGGAAGAUUUCUUUGUGGACGCUGUCCACAUCGGCAAGAAGCGCACCGUCCAGGACGAACAAACUGUUCCCCACAAGAGGAGACCUUCACCAUUUGAGGGCUCUGGUCGUGCUUUCCAGGAGAUCUCUGUCGUGAAAGAGACAAAGUCAAAUGCUUCACAGAUCUGCUAUGAGAUCACAGCCACACCAUUGGACUGCACCUUUGGCUUCCCCCUCAUAGACGUUGGCUUCCUGCAGAUGUCCAACAGUAGCGAGGACAUGAGCGAGUUUCAGGAAGGGGCAGCAAGGAUCACCGUCACUCGCAUCCACAAAGCCACCCCUGCCAUAAAUGGCACUUUUGACGUGGAGAUGCAUGGACAACGUAUUGAAGGUUUAUCCGUGGACAUCGGCGCAGAGGACCUGAAGUACGCCCUGGAGGGAAUUGCCGGUAUGGGCGUGGUUGAUGUCAAAUAUGGCGGAACAUGCAGGAGGCCCAAGUGGGUGGUAGAGUGGCUGACACAGCCGGGAGACCAGCCUCUGCUGCAGCUCAACGGUUCAUCGCUUCAAGGCAAGGAUGUGGCUAUCUGGGCCCGAGAGAAAAAGCAAGGAGGACAGAUGAUAUCAAGUUUGAUGGGAGACUUCUUCCGUGUCGGGGAGACCAAACCGCAGGUGGAGGUUUACAUCAAUGACAUUCCCUCGAAGUGUUCCGGAGACUGUGGCUUUGAAUGGUUGGCAGAGAAGACACCGGUAAUAAGCGGAAUCAGCCCAUCUCAAGGAUCCAGUGGACUGGGGACCCUUUUGACGGUCACUGGCAGUGGCUUCAGCAAUGAAAGUGUCUCUAUUAAAGUGGGAGAAGCCCAGUGUGUUGUUGAAGAAGUCUCAGCUGAACGCCUGGUGUGCCGACUGGGAAGCGCUGGCGCGGGUACCUUCCCAGUGUGGAUCAACUUCCCCUCCCUGGGUCGUCCUCGUUUUGCAGGUGGUAGCGUCCUCAACUUCACCUACCAGCUCAUCGUUUCCUCGUUCUCCCCCACAUCUGGGAGCGCUGCGGGAGGAACGCUUUUGACUGUGACGGGCUUCGGCUUCAGCUGGGACGCCACCGUCACCGUUGGCGGCGCAGUGUGCGAGGUGGUCCAUGCCAGUCCCACAGAGCUCAAAUGCACAACGCCAGCGGGAAGUGUGGACUCGCAGACAGUCACGGUGAGCGUCGGUGGCAUGAGCAAGGAGGCCAAUGACACCUUCACCUUUGACCUUGCCCUGACGCCUCAGAUCACUGACCUGAGCCCUGCCAAGACCACCGUCUUUGGACGUCGCGUCCUCACUGUGUUGGGGUCAAACAUGGGUGAGCCAGCCAAUGACAGCAGAGUGUACGUGGGCAAGGUGGAGUGCAAUAUCGAGCUGUGGACGUCCACAAAUGUCACCUGCCUACUGCCUGUGUUGCCACCGGGCCUACAUGACGUGCACGUCCAGGUUGGGAACAAGGGUUACGCCCAGACCAGCAAUGUCUUGGAUGCAAGCAUCGAGUACGUCCUGGAAGUCCACGGCAUCUCCCCGACGACAGGCUCACUGAUGGGAGGAACCCAGCUCACCAUUUCGGGAUCUGGUUUCAGCCAAAACGUCUCCGACAACAAAGUCUAUUUUGGCGAAUCUGAAUGCGAGGUGCAGGUGGCCUCAGAGAACGAACUGCGCUGCCGUCUACAGUCCCAGGAGGAGACCCACAUUGUUACCAACCAAGGGAGCCACCCUGUUCACGGUCAGGGAUACUCUUGGGAUCCCCCUUCCAUCAACGUAAAGGUUGGAGAUAAAGUUUUGUGGAGGUGGGCGGUACCGAUGUUCCAAAAUACCGUUCGUAUCGGUGUCCACCACGUUCCCAGCCCCGGUGAUGCCAGUGACGACCAUGAUGUGAUGUUCUCCAGUGGAGAGCCAAAGCCUGGGAAUGGCUACUUCGGCUACCGUUUCACCGUUCCCGGUGUGUAUUACUACAGCAGCGGGUACAUCAACGAGAACAACAAGUUGGAGCUACGGGGUGCUGUGAGAGUCGAGCCCCGGCUCACAAGCGUCAAGGAUGUCAACGUCCGAGUCGGGGGUCUGGACGCCCUACACGUGACAGGCAAGUCGCAUCGCAUCUCCAGGUCAACACACGAGUGCAUCGCCACACCGGACUGCAAUCAGACCAACCAAUCAUCGGACAGCCUUUCCUUCAGCACCUUAGCCUGCUUCACCCCCACUGUCCACUCCAUCUGGCCCAACCAGGGCUCAUACCACCAGGUCAUCCGUAUCCAAGGGGACGGCCUCAGCAAUGUGACCUGCACUCUAGAGGUGACAGUGGGGGAUGAGCCCUGCGAGGUGAUCAACAGCACCCAUUCGGAGAUCUUCUGCCAGCUGAGUGCCAACAAUAGUCUGCCAAUCGGCGUCGCUUUACCCAUAGAGGUUAGAGUCAAGAACUUGGGCAACGCUGUCAUCGCCGUGGCUAAGGAGCUGGAGCGCCGCUUUGUCGUUUUGCCUGUUGUCGACUCGGUAUGGCCCUCUGAAGGCAGCUACACCGGCUACACCCGGCUCUUUAUCCAAGGGUCUGGUUUCUCAGAGGGGCUUUUGACCGUUGCUGGAGAACCAUGUCCUGUGGUGUCAAUGAAUUACACCUUGGUAGUCUGUGACAGCGUCCCCUCCCAGCCACAUGAAGGCGAUGUUGUUUUCCAUUGGGGAAGUAUCCAGACUUCCUGUUCCUCAGACUGUUCCUUUCUGUACACAUCUUCCAUCACUCCAAACGUCACCGCCAUUUCUCCUGAAAGCAUCCGCAAUGACACCAAUGUCACCAUCUCCGGCGCAGGGUUUGGCGCCGACGUUGAGGAUGUCGCAGUUUUCGCCAGGGGCAUCGAAUUCCAAGUCACCGCAGUUGUUGACAACGUCAUUACGGCAAUGGUCGAAGCUCUUCCUGCGGGCGAGCAUGCCAUUCAAGUUAUUGUGAGAAGUAAAGGCUUGGCGACUGGAGAUGUCACCCUGACCAGCCAGGCUCAUGCCGCACUGAGCCCAAGUGAGGGCAGCCUGGAGGGGGGCACCUGGCUUCAGAUUACGGGGAAUGGUUUCCUCCCGGGAAACACCAGCGUGAUGGUCGACAGCAAACAGUGUGAGAUUGAGGAGGUGACGCCCGGUAGCCUUAGGUGCCAGAUGCCUCCUCACGACGAGGGACAGGUCUUAGUCAACAUCCAGGUUUUAGAUGUGGAAUAUCCUCCUCUCAACUUUACCUACUCUGCAGGCCAGACUCCCAUCCUCAGCACUAUCAGUCCUGCCACUGGUCCGAGCGGUUCAGCGAUUACAUUGACUGGGUCAGGGUUUGGCACCGACAGGAUGCAUUUGACCAUCACGGUGAACGGCGUAACUUGCAACAACCUCACGCUCACGGACAACCAGGUGGAAUGCAACGUUGGGGACAACCCAGGGGGAGAGUACCUUGUCAUGCUGCACCACCACAUCAAAGGUUAUGCUCGGUCAAACGUCACUUUCAGUUAUGAAAUGACGCUUGUCAGCGUUCAGCCCAACGAGGGUAGUUUUGGCGGUGGGGCUGCGCUGACUAUCCAGGGUUCUGGCUUUGACCCGCUCAACUCCAUCGUGUUGAUCUGUGAUGAGGAAUGCAGCAUCAACCGAGAAGCGUCCACAUCCACGCACCUCUACUGUCUGUCUCCAUUCAACAAUGACACCAACUCGGAGGCGAGCUGCACGGUGGCUGUAAUUAACACGCUGAUUGCUGUCAACAUGUCGGAUGGCUUCACGUACAAGACCCAGCUCACGCCCGUGAUCACGGAGGUGUCGCCGCGGCGUGGAGGCACCGCCGGAGGCACCACGCUCACCAUCAGCGGCUCAGGUUUCAGCCCCAACUUGAAUGAGGUCAACGUGACCAUCGCAGGAUCAGUGUGCGAUGUUCAGUCGGCCAAUGACACGCACAUUGUGUGUGUCACCGGCGACCAGCGUCAGUCUCAGGAGACCACAGUGCAAGUCGGCAUCAGAGGCCAGGGCAUCGCCAAGAUGGACAACGCCUAUUACUUCUACAUUGAUGUGUGGUCUUCGAAAUACACGUGGGGCGGGUUGCAUCCACCGGAGAAAGGUGCUUUCGCCAUCAUCACCAAAGGACAAACCAUCCUCUUGGACACCAGCACCCCUGUACUCAAAAUGCUUCUAAUUCAAGGUGGCACGCUGGUGUUCGACGAGGCCGACAUUGAGCUGCAGGCAGAAAACAUCCUCAUCACUGACGGCGGACGGUUGCAGGUGGGCCUGGAAGAGGCGCCGUUCCAGCACAAAGCCAUCAUCACGCUGCAUGGACACCCGCGCUCGCCCGAACUUCCUGUGUAUGGCGCCAAAACGCUGGCCAUCAGAGAGGGCAUCCUGGACUUGCAUGGUAAACAUGUUCCAGUCGUCUGGACCCACCUGGCCCAGACCGUGGAUGUAAACUCCUCCACGCUGACUCUAAUGAAGGCGGUGACGUGGGAAGCUGGAGAUGAGAUUGUCAUUGCCUCUACCGGCCACAGGCACAGUCAGAGAGAAAACGAAGUCAAGAUCAUCGCAAGCGUGUCGGCCGAUGGAAAGACAGUCACCCUGACCGAACCCCUCAAGUACUCCCACCUUGGGGUAUCCGUCACCCUGCCCGAUGGCACGGUCUUUGAGGCCCGGGCGGAGGUGGGUCUGCUGACCAGAAACGUGGUGGUGCGAGGCUCCCAAAACAUAGACUGGCAGGAGAAGAUCGAGGCUUGUGCAGAUGGUUUCAACACAGGAGAGUUCAGCACCCAAACUUGCUUCCAAGGAAAAUUUGGGGAGGAGGCGGGCAGUGAUGAGUUUGGUGUCGGAAUCAUGUUCCACGCCCCACGACCGAGCAAGGGUCUUGCCGUUGGGAGGUUGACCUACGUUGAGAUCUACCAUGCAGGACAGGCCUUCAGGCUGGGCCGCUACCCUAUUCAUUGGCAUCUGAUGGGAAACCUCGAAUACAAAUCAUAUAUCCGCGGUUGUUCCAUCCACAAGACGUUCAACAGGGCCGUGACCAUCCACAACACCCACCGGCUCCUGGUGGAGCACAAUGUCAUCUUCAACAUCAUGGGCGGCGCCUUCUUCAUUGAAGACGGCAUUGAAACGGAGAACAUCCUGCAGUACAACCUGGCUGUGUUUGUCAGGCAGAGCAGCAGCCUGUUGAAUGACGACAUCACCCCAGCCGCCUACUGGGUCACCAAUCCCAACAACAUUAUUCGACACAAUGUCGCAGCAGGAGGCACCCACUUUGGCUUCUGGUACCGCAUGCACGAGCACCCUGAUGGCCCUUCCUACGACCCGAACGUCUGCCAGAAGAAGGUUCCCCUCGGGGAGUUCCACAACAACACAGUGCACUCUCAAGGUUGGUUCGGCCUCUGGAUCUUCCAGGACUUUUUCCCCAUGAAGGAUGGCGAUUGCGGUUCCACUAUCCCAAAACCCGCCAAAUUCCAUAGCCUUACCACCUGGAACUGCGAGAAAGGGGCUGAGUGGGUCAAUGUGGGCGCUGUGCAGUUUGUGGAUUUCCUGGCGGUCAACAACGAGAAAGCCGGGCUAGAAGGCAAACUCAUCCUUCCGUGGGCAGUGACCAGCUUUGGGGAGGACGGCGGAGCUGGGGUGUUCAACUCCACCAUCGUUGGCCACGUGGACGACCUCGGAUUAGGCGUCGACUACUGCACGCAUCGAGGCAUCAUCACGCCAUUCGCUGAUGGCAUGAGUGUCGACGGCACCAAAUUCUUGAACUUUGACCGUGACUCCUGCGCAGCUAUCGGGGUGACUACGAUUGACGGAACAUGCGGGGAUCGCUGCGGUGGCUGGGCUGUCCGCUUAAGUGGGCUGCAGUUUGUGAAUUCGCCCAACAAGGCCGCCUUCAGGUGGGAGCAUGAGGUGCUGCUGGUGGACAUGGACGGCUCCCUCACAGGGAAUAUCAACCAUAAAGUCAUUCCGAUGAGCGGCCUCCUUGACUUGGCGCAUUGCUCCGAGAGCCCGGACUUCAGCUUGGUGUUCCCUGCAGCUGUGUGCGACCAUACGGUCAAUUUUCAUCGUGUGGGUCUGAAUAAUCCCACACCGUCUUCUCUAAACUCCAAGGAUCUCAUAUUCAACAACUUGCAUGGCAGCAGCGUGAUCCCCUACUUGGAGAAGAGAUUGACCCACAAGUUUGGCUGGAUGGGCAUUCUACCUUCGGGCCUCACGUACAACAUGUACUUUGAUAAGGCUGACCAACUCACAAACAUCACCUAUAGUGCAACUUUCUACGGCUUUGAGUCAGAUCAAUUUGUGAUCAUCCACCACAACUUCAGCCAGAAUCCAAAUAAGGUCCGAAUCCUGGACGAGAGGAACGCCUCAUCGUCGCCCCUCAGCUUCGACACCAACCACAACGGCGACUGGUACCUCGACAAUAAAGACCUCUUUUAUAUGGUGUCCGGGAAGAGGAGCCAGCGCAAGCGUCGCAGCAGCGUGGAUCGUAACUCAGUGGACAUAGCGGUAGACUUCAAGGUCUACCGAUGCUUCUUCGACAAUUGCAUCCCACCGCCGCCCGCCACCGUCGCCCCACUGCCCACCCAACGGCCUGACGACUUCAUUCUGUGGUCCAACACAUCGUUCUGGGAGAGCUCGGCUGAAAAUGGCUUCAGUGUGCCAAAAGAGGGGGCAGAUGUGCUCAUUCCAUCAGGAAUGUGGGUGGUCUUGGACGGCAAUACGCCUCCCCUCAACAAACUGAUAAUCAAGGGAGUCCUGGAGGUCCCACAACCGUCCAACAGCUCAUCCGGUCGCCUGUCGCGGGCUGUGCCGCAGAACCACACAGUUGUCAUUGAUGCAGUCUACAUCUUUAUUCAGGGCGGCAGGCUGUUGGCAGGCUGGAAGGAUGAACCCUUCACUGGGGAUCUGCACAUCAGACUCAGAGGGAACCACAGCACCCCUGACUGGCCUCUGCCAAAUGGGCCCAACCAGGGAUCCAAGGUACUGAGUGUGUUUGGCACCCUGGAGCUUUACGGACAACACCACAGCGUGUAUCACACCAAGCUCGCCACCACGGCUAACGCCGGGUCCAGCACACUCACCCUGAUGGAGCCUGUCGACUGGAAGGCUGGAGACGAGGUGAUCAUCUCUACCACCAGCUACAGCGUCUGGGAGACAGAGAAGCGAGAGAUAGCUGUCGUCUCCGCCGACGGCCGCGUCCUCACCUUGAACCGUCCUCUGAGCCACACUCACGUCGGUGAAAUUCACUCAAUUGAGGGAACAUUGCGGUCCUACAAGCUGGCAGCAGACGUCGGCCUGCUGACCAGAAAUAUCAAGAUCAUCGGCGACGAAUAUGCCAACAUGUUUGCCGAAUCAUUUGGUGCCCGUAUGCUAGUCGGCGCCUUCUCCUCGGAAGGGAUCGACUUCAGAGGCAAGGCUCAACUCUGGAACGUAGAGUUCUUUCACUCCGGUCAGGAAGGCUGGACUGAUGAGUACGACCCGCGAUAUUCUGUGGCCUUCAUCGGCCUGGGAAGGGCCAACGACUCGUCUAUUCAGGGCUGCUCCUUCCACAGCGGCUUCUCGCCGGCCAUCGGCGUGUUCAGAACAGACGACUUGGCUAUCGAGGACAACGUCAUCCAUCACACCGUGGGCGACGGGAUCAGAGUGUGGGGGAAUAGGAUCAUGUUGAGGAGGAACUUGGUUACCAUGACUUUGUGGCCCGGAUCGUACCAGGACAGAAGGGAGGAAUUCAACUAUGACUGGAGCGCCGCCUUCAAGGUUAAUGAAGGUGCGGAGGUGGUGAUGCAGCACAACAUAGCAGCGGGUUACGAGCGAGUCGCCUUCCGCAUUGAUGGCGAGGCAUGUCCAGGUGCCUCCAACGGAAAUGAGCCUUGGUCUAACAAUGAGGCUCACGGCGGCCUCUACGGCGUCUUCAUGAACCGCGACGGGCUGUCCGGGUGCUCGUUAAUCCGCGACUUCUUCAUCUGGAGAAACUUUGACUAUGGAAUCUACUUCCAGACCAUCAUGAGCAUCACGGUGUCCAACGUCACUUUGGUGGACAACGGCAUGGGAAUCAUGCCCAUGAUCUUUGAGCCACCCUCUCUGUCCCACUUGUAUGCUGAUAAGAAGGUCCGCGUGGAGAAUGCUGUGAUUGUUGGCGGAAGCCCCCACUUCAACUGCUCCCACACACUGGAUGCCAACGACUUUAACACAAUCAGUAGCAACUUCCAUCGAGCACCCAGGCCCAUCAAUGGUGGCAGAUCGGGAAUCUGCUGGCCAUCUUUCGCGUCCGCACACAACAACGCUCCGGUAAAGCCCUUUCCCGGCAACAUCAACUACAAUGCCAUCAAUGGCCUGAUGGAAGUGGUUGAUUCAACGUUCGUGGGGUUCCGCAGCGUGUGCUCGGGCCAGACCAACGUGAUGUUCAUUAGCAACCCUUUCAACGAGGACCUCCAGCACCCCGUCCAUGUUUGGAACUUGACCAUUGUUAACAGCACCAAGGAGGCGAGAAUCUUCAUCCACAGGCCUGACGUCAGGAAAGCGAACCCGGCCGACUGUGUGGACAUGGACUGUGACGGCAAGAAGAAGACUAUGCUACGCGACCAGGACGGUUCCUUGCUGUCAGCGGUGGGCAGCGUGCUUCCCCAGUCCGAGUUCGAGUGGGAUGGGGACCCCAGGAGGGGGCUGGGCGACUACCGCAUCCCCAAGGCCAUGCUGACCCACCCCAACGGCUCCCGCAUCCCCGUGGAGCAGAUUGCCCCGAAUAAAGGCGUGAUCCGAUCCAACUGCACGUACGUGAGUGCUUGGCAGGCGUACGAAUGUUCCACGCUCAACUACAGGAUGCUGGUCAUCGAAAGUCUGGACGCUGACACGGAGACCCGACGUCUCAGCCCGGUAGCCGUACUGAGCGAAGGCUACAUCGACCUCAUCAACGGCCCUCAGGACCACGGCUGGUGUUCAGGUUACACGUGUCAGAAGAGGGUGUCCCUCUUCCACAGCAUCGUGGCCACAGGGCGCGCUGUGGACGUUUUCUUCACAAGCACCAGUCCUCAAAAGCUGCGACUCAUGAUGCUCAACGCCGACGAGAACGAGAGUGUGCUGGUGUCCGUCUUCUACUCCAAGCCGCAGCAGAUGGACGUGUACGUCGACAACCAGCUGGUGGCACCCACCAAUGCCGAGUGGAAUGACGACAACACCGACUUCACCCUCAAGGAACCCACCUACGAUGGUCAAUACGUCCCAGAGCUCAACGGCUCCACACUGGGCAGCAACUUCUUUGAUCAGACCUCCAAGAUGUUGAAGGUCCUGCUGAGAGGAUCGGAGCCCGUGGAGAUCCGGAUGGCGCCCAAGCUCGUCAUCUCAUUCAACCUGCCCACCAUGACUGAGGACGAGUUCUUUAGUGACAACCUGAUCCGCAAUCUGGCCGCCUUCUUCAAGGUCCCGUCCAACAUGAUUCGGGUCACCAAGAUCAUCAGGGAGGAAUCCAGGCGGAGGAAGAGGUCCACUGGCUUGACGGUGGAGGUGGAGAUCAAGAAGCCGCCAGUCCAGCAGGUCUCCAACACCACCGAUGAUGAGGACGAUUUCAAGGUAUUGCAGAACAUUGCAGACAAUUUGGGUCAGGCGGCCAUCUCGGGCAACCUCAGUCAGUCCAUCGGCUUCAACAUCUCGUCAGUGGGAGUGAUUGCGCCCCCGCCUCCGUCUUCGGACCCUCGCUGGAAUGAAGAGGCCUCCGUGGAAGUGACAAGAGAGGAGCCGAAAGUGAGCCACGUGUCCAGCGUGGAGAAGCUGCUCGUGGUGCAGGAGCCCAUCGCGGGUAACUACGUGGGGCCGCUGAUGCAGCAGCCAAGCGUCAUGGCCGUGGACCAACAAGGCGACUGCGUCUCGGUGGGUGUGACCACCAUGACGGUGACGGCCAGCCUGAAGGACUCCACCGGCGCCAGCGUGAACGGUCUGGAAGGCAACUCCACCAUCUUGUUCCGCUCCUGCUGGGCCAACUUCAGCGACCUGUCGGUGGUCAACAGUGCCGAGAACCUCACUAUGGUGUUCAGCUUGAACGACUGGCGUGCCACCUCGCAGGAAUUCAGCGUCCGGGAGAUCCCCACGCCCGCUCCGACACUCUUUGACAACGUCACGCAGGCCACCGUACCUGACGACAGCGUGUUCGCCACGGGUAGCACCGUCUUGCCUGGGAGUUUGUGCCUGGUCAGCGUCAUUUACACGUUCGCCUGCUGUACCGACGACGUGCCCAUUUGUUAGGGUGCGCUCUUCAGUCACCACCUGGGACAAAAAAUGUGCUGGGUUAAUUCAUCUUUCCAUUUUCUGUGAUAAAUUAAUAAUAAUAAUAAUAACAAUUUGGGUUUACAAACUUAAAAUGUGAUUUUCUUCUUCCUUUUUUGUGCAUUAAUUGUGUGAAUGCUGAAAGCAUGUUCUUCCAAUUUCUCUCUCGCCCAUUGUUUUGACAUGCAACUACUUCCACGUAAUUCAUAUUCCAAAAAUAAAUAAAUAAAUCACAUCUUGCAAGCUA